AUGCGAGCCUGCGCGAGAGGCAGUGAACACCAGGGGGUUGUUAGUGAAAAGUCGUCGAUUGACAAGAUGAUAAGUAACUGUUAUAUUCACAGUAAAACCCUGGCCCGGAGACCUUUACAAGUGAGUCAAGGAGGGAGUGAUCACAAAGUCAUCGGAUUGGUUAGAAAACAGGAGAAACAGGAGUCGAUGGAAGGCUGGCGGGACACAUUCACACCAGGAGGGGUGGAGGGUGGCGGCCGAUUGACAGGGCUAAGCGGAGUUGGUGUGCGGAGUCUUGAGGUUAAGCAGAAGACCACGCAUCCGCGAGAGAUCGUGUGUACUUUUUGUGUUUUUGGCCUGAAACGAGAGAACAAGGCGUGGGCCGUCAUCGUUGCGCUGCUACCGCCAACUGUGAUUGCAAGGCUAAAUCUCUCUCAAAUGCCCGAAGCCAAGUGGGCAUUCAGAUUGGCGCGUACGCGUGAUGUUAGUUGCUGGAGGCACGUGAAAUGA